CACAUUGAAGCCGCUGACGUAAACAGACACUACUUCGUCAGAUCAGGUUUCGCGCAUCAGCACAGUUGACUCUGCAGUUCACUUCGUCAAUGACACGGUGGUCAUGGAUGAAGACUCACAAGAAAACCGAUUAUUUGCAGCUUUUGAGCGCCACGACGAGUUCGUAGCAGCUCAAAAUACCCUGCUGGUGGCCGAUUUGUUCGUAGAGCCCAGUCGCGAAGAGGAAGAUGUGGAACUCCAUUGCAGUCAAAAAUUAAUCGUGAUUUUUGGAGAAUACCAAGAGCAAUCGUAUCUAUUGGACCCGUACCUUGAAAGCCUCGUGUCUCCCGUCGCGGAAUGCCUUAGAAGAUAUGCAAUGGCAUGCGUUAAUGCACGAGGUGCUCAGUCUUCUCGUAGUCGUGUGGAACGCCUCGCAGAUCUUCUUCAUAACUAUAUCAAGUUCCGCGGGUAUAAGACAAUAACUAGAUUCUUCCCUCAUGAAGUUUCCGAUCUCUCGAUCGCCUUGGAUUUCAUCCGGCUGCCGUCAGGGCCAGUAAAAGACCCCAGUCAAUGGGGACUGCGAUAUGCCGUGCUGCUUUGGCUAUCUCUCAUUUGUCGGAUCCCUUUCGACUUGCAGAAAUUCGAUGAUACCACUCGAUCCGGUGAAACAGCAAAUGCGAUCGAGCUCGUUGGAAAAGACCGCCUUAACAUGGCUGGAUUAGAGCGCGAAGGAGCGGCUACCCUUUUGGCACGCUUCUAUGCACGAAAGGACACCAAGCAGCAAUUCUCCUCUUUUGUCGAGUGGUCAAUAACAGUUUUUCGCUCUUCGGAUAUCAUCUUGUCUAUAGGAGUAUUACAAGUCCUUUGUGAAUUGAUGAAAUCUGGUUCAUCUGAACAACUCCAAGCGUUUACGCAACAGCUCUUGGAAAUUACAGAUACCUUAGAGCAAAGUACCCCCUUGGCCAGCAACACAUUGGUUCGAAAAUAUCGCACGAAAUUGCUAUCGCGCGUUGCGUUGCGUCUGAUGCCUCCGAAUAUAUUUAGAUCCAAGUUAACAUUCCGUAGUCUGGAUGGUGAUAUCAAGAAUGAGGCUGUCAAUGGGAACGUAGAUGAUGGCGAUGAUGAUAUUGAUGUUCCUGAAGAAAUUGACACAAUCUUAGAGUCUCUAUUCAAGAGCCUUCAGGACAAGGACACAGUGGUACGAUGGUCAGCAGCCAAAGGCAUUGCUCGCCUUUCAGAACGCCUUCCGUCGGAUUUCUCCUCUCAGGUAUUAGAGACCAUUCUUGGUCUUUUCUCAAUACAUUCUGUAGCAGGCGCAAGUGUUUAUGACACUCCUGCCAUCGCUGAGGCUACCUGGCAUGGCGCAUCUCUCGCGUCAGCAGAGAUGGCACGCAGAGGUCUAGUUCAAACUGCUGCACUAGGAAGCCUCUUGGGCUGGCUCUCGAAAGCCCUCUACUUCGACAUACGUAAGGGGGCCCAUUCCAUUGGAUCAAACGUACGGGAUGCUGCGGCCUAUGUGAUCUGGGCUUUAGCGAGGGCACAAGAUCCGGAAUCCUUCUCUCCCUAUGCUCGUGAACUCGCGCAGUGGCUCGUUUCUGUGGCGUUGUUCGACAGGGAAAUUCACAUUCGAAGAGCGGCUAGUGCCGCCUUCCAAGAACAUGUUGGCAGAAUGGCGCUGUUCCCACAUGGUAUCGACGUCCUUAGAAAAACCGACUUCUAUGCAGUCAGCGUGCGGCGGAAUGCGUUCAUUGUCGCGGCUCCACAAGUCGCUGAGCACCUGGAGUACAGAUCAUAUCUGAUCGAUCACAUCAUUUCGAUCACUUUGCGUCACUGGGAUGUUGCGAUGAGGGAGUUGGGUGCUCAGGCCUUGCGCCGGAUAUGCGAGCUCGACUUGAAGAUACUAGGGCUGGAGUGUGCCACGAAGAUGGCAGGAUUUUUAGACUCCGUUGAUGUAUCUGAUGUGCAUGGAGCACUUGCAGCAUUGACAGGUAUCUCUGAAGCGUACCGAGCUCAGGAGAGCGAAGAAAAUGCAAGCAACCGGCAAAAGAUAUUUGCCUUCAUUGCCAUUGUUUCCAAAGAUGUUGUUAUGUCUCCACGAAACGGUCUAGUACUUGCGGCGGCGUGCGAUCUCAUUGCAAGCAGCCUGACACUACAGGAGAUUGAGCUUCAGGAAAAGUCAUCCGUGCCCCACUGGAAAAGGAUCAUAGACCAGGGACUGCGACACAGAAGCUCUUCCGUCCAACAAGCCGCUGCCGCCGCCAUAGCCACAACAAGUUCCUUGAUAGAUUGCUCGCCAGAUGUGCACAGAUUAAUCAAGGACUUUCGCCGUGGCCCUCAGUCCUUGCAGCAAAGUCUUGGCUAUACUCUAGGUGUACUCAAUUAUAAUGCGCAUCCGCAUGGUUUCUCUGAGGUAGUCAAGUGCUUGUUGGAUAGUGUCGAUUCCAACUCCUCCGAAAGAAUGUCGAGCAUUGAAGCACGUCGAAAUUGCUUCCAAGCGUUACCCAAGAUCAUCACGAAUGUACUGCCUCGCCUCACCGAAUAUCUAAUCGCAGAAAGUAUGUAUGGAGUCCUUGAUGCCCUUGACAGCGGACUAGAUGAUUACACGAUGGAUGAGCGUGGCGACGUUGGCUCGUGGGUACGAAUGGCGUGCAUUCAAGGUCUAGCAUCAAUUUUCGAAGAUCUGUUUCGCGUUUCAGGAAACAUACCUGAAUUCACGAAUUACUUGCCUGCGGAGAGGUAUCACAGUGUGAUAGCCAGAAUCCUUCGUCAGGGCGUUGAAAGACUGGACAAUGUACGUCAAACCGCGGGACACUGUUUAUUGCGAUUGUUUCGCAUCCCUCUCCCGACCGUUCCUCAUCAAGAGGAAUGGCGUAUCAAAGGCUCAGAACUCAUUAUGAAGCUGUUUCUGACUGAUGCCUCGGGCACUAUCACCAGUUGGAGUGUUGGGGAAUGGCUAUUUCCUAAAGCCGUAGAACUGCUCCGCGUACAAGAGUAUAGACAACCCCUACUGACAGGUCUUAUACAUAGUGUAGGAGCUAGAACUGGAAGCACGCACCGCCCAGCAUCUUCGAGUCUGGUUUCCUUUGCGCAGGGCCUUCCAUUAUUAGUCGGCGAUUCUGGCUAUAGUCUAUCUGAGCUAUGUGACGACCUCAUCGAGUGCGCACAAGGGAGAACGACGUCGAACGCGGUGGUGGUUCCUAUCUUGCAAACGUUCAAUAUGCUUUUGGAGGCAGACGUAUUGUCUCGCCUGUCUAGCGUUGACAACGGCCCAUCAAAACUAGAGAGAUUAUUGAACAUUGCAACAAGAAAUGUACAGCGAUUGAAGAAUGUACAGCGAGUGCAAGAGUCCAUGAAAAUCGUCGUAAACCUCUUGGUCGUUUCCUCGGUUUCAAAAUCAUCCUCGGAGCGAAUCAUCGACUUCCUUUCUCACCCUUAUCCAAAGAUCCGGACCAGUACGGCUGAGUACCUCUACACAUUCAUACAAAGCAGGGACCUCGGCUGGGAGGCAGAUGAAGCAGUCGAUGAACUUCUUCUCGAAACAGAAUGGUCUUCGGAAAGCAUGGAAGUGAAGGUGGCAGCCACUCGCGUCUCGGAGCUCCUCUCUUGCACAAUUACCGAGUGAUUAAAACGUUGUUCAGUGUAUGGCCUAUACGCAGGACCAAGCGCAUGUAGAUCAUAUCGUAUGAACACCCUUACUUAGCUGAAAUGUACUUUUUAUGAGGGGGCGUGUUGUGAUCU